AUGGCUUUGUGGGAGGACUUCGAGACCAUCUUCUUCUUUAACAAGAAAUAUUCCUACGAUGCAAAGGUCGUCGAACAGAUCCUUGCCAACCGGCGGGCGCUCGAGAACCAGCUCUUUGCCGACCGCUUGCUAGGCCUGCUCGGUAUCAAAGGAGUAACCAAGGUGUAUCCGCCAAAGACCAAUGCCGAUCUGCGCUCUCUCGUGAAACACAUCGUGGAAUCGGCCCUCGAUAUCCACCACAAACAAGCUUUGAUCUAUUACCUCCUCAAAGACUGUCGCGCGGCCCCAGAUGCUGCUCAACAAUUUGCGCGCCGAUUCCAUCUACCAGAGAAGUACCGUCUCUUUAUUGAAGGUCUGUGGAAUUUAGACCGACUCGAGUUCAGACGAGCCAUCGAGUACCUGACCGAACCUUCUUUGAUCCCAACGUUUCCUGAUGAGAUCCUUUACACCUUAACCAUGACCCACCUCCCAAAACAGGACGACAGCCUGGCAAUCGCAUACUUCCUUACCGUGGCCCCCCCUCUUGCAACAGAGAAGGUCCAGCGCGCUUUCUUCGAAGCUCUGUGCCGGUCCAACGUCACAGAGGCAUUUUACUUUACCCGCAGGCACGAUGAAUCUCAUCGUCGUAGCUACUUUGCGCAGCUGGUGGAGCUCGUGCACAAGAACAAACCCGGACAGAGACGCAGCAAGCGCGCGAUGGAGCUUAUUGGCCUUCCAUUCGACGAGGACGAGGCACAGUGGUUCGAGGAGGUUCUGCUCCACGGGAAUGCUAGCUCUCUCCCCGGUGCGAAAGACACGGUGAUGAUGCGACGCCUUGCGACUGGCCGAUUGGACAGUUUGUCCCCCGAGCUCGAGUCACUCGGCGGGAAGAAGAUCGACGGGCUGAACUGGGACGAUUUGCGGGCGAGCAUGCGGCAUACACAGACGAUAUACCCAUCCAGUGGCGGUGGAGCCUUGGAAUGA